AGUGUCACACUUGGUUCCCUUUUUCUCCUCCCAACAUGCACCCACCCCUUUCAUGUGAGAUUUGGUAUUUAAGUCACUACUGCAACUCUCACAGACAUGUAUACCCUACCUACACACACACACCCUCAGACACAGGAAACAUGUCCAGGCUUGAUGUGACGGAGACUUUUCAUGGCAUCUCCCUGCCAGGGCACCUCCAUACUAAGGACUCUCUGAACUACGCUACUCAGUUCCCAUUUCAAGACUCCGACACGCUAAUUGUGUCCUAUCCGAAAUCAGGCACCACAUGGAUGCAGGAGAUGGUGACUCUAAUUCUCAGUCGGGGAGACCCCACUCCAUCCCAGACGGUGCCCAACUGGGCACGUGCCCCGUGGCUGGAGCAGUAUUACUGCCCGCAGGUCCUGAGUGCUGCCCAGGGGCCCCGCGUCCUCACCACUCACCUGCCUUACCACACGCUAGCUCCUGCUCUUCGAGGAUCCAAAGCAAGGGUCAUCUACAUUGCAAGGAACCCUAGAGAUGUUGCUGUGUCGUACUACCACUUCCAUCAUAUGGCCAAGUUCCUCCCGGAGCCGGGGUCGUUUGAGGAGUUUCUUAACAACUUCUUAGAGGGAAAAGUGCACUAUGGAUCCUGGUUUAAUCAUGUGAAAGGCUGGACUGAUCCAAAGAAAGACAUUGAGAACUUUUUCUUCAUCACAUAUGAAGAGAUGCUCAAGGACCUGAGAGGCUCAUUACAAAGAGUGAGCAGCUUCUUACAGUGCCCCCUGCAGGAAGAAGAGAUAAACCGCGCCCAGGAGCAGUGUAGCUUCAGCACCAUGAAGGACAAUGACAUGGUCAACUACAAGCUCGUCACGCAAGACAUCAUGGACCACAGCCGGGGGAAGUUCAUGAGGAAAGGGAAAUCGGGAGACUGGAGGAACACAUUCCAUGAGCAUCAGAGCCGUGACUUUGAUGCUGUAUAUGAGGCACAGAUGCAGGAGUCGCAUCUGAAGUUGAUGUGGACAAGCACAGACACGCAGAUGCAAGAGUCACAUCUGAAGUUGAUGUGGACGAGCACAGACACACAGAUGACAGCCACGAGUCCAGCUCUCACAAGCCGCCUCCACUCAGGCUGAGGCCUCAGCCAUCCUUAGAUUUCAAGGAGCCUGUUCUGACAGUUUUCAUAUCUGUUCAGUAUUGUAAAUAUGACUAAAGUUGUAAAUGCUAUUUCAAGUCUAAGAUGUUCUCUUAUUGCCUGGGACACUUUAAAAUUGUUGUUGUUUGCCAGAAUCAUAUGUAUAUGUAUGAUGUAUGUAUGUAUGUAUAAUAAAAAAAGGUUGAGCAAGUUUCCCAUUGAGACCUCCUGCAUGUGAAAUGUUUGUGAAUUAAGGAAUUGGGUCAUUGUAUCUAAAUUAAUGCACUUAAGGACUCCUGAAUCUUUAAAUAAUAAACACCUUGAGGCUUGUCUGCA